AUGACUGAUGGUGAUCGAAAAAGAUUACUAAAUAAAAAUUCUACAUAUUCUGAAUGCAGUACCACAAUUUACAAUUCUUUUAAUAAUAUUAUGGAUGAAAGAAAUGAAAUACCCAAUCAUGGUAUUCCUGCUUCAAUAUCAUAUGAUAAAAAUGAAGUUAAAAUAACACUUCUUCAACAUUCUAAUAAUUCAAUUGGUAGAGAAAUUAUUGAAGAAAGAGAAACAUGGGGUAGAAAGAUUGACUUCUUGUUAUCAGUUAUUGGAUUUGCUGUUGAUUUGGCAAAUGUAUGGAGAUUUCCAUAUCUUUGUUUUAAAAAUGGUGGUGGAGUAUUUUUAAUUCCAUAUACAAUGAUGGUUUUACUUUGUGGAAUACCAUUAUUUUAUAUGGAACUUAGUUUAGGACAAUAUCACCGUAAAGGUGCUAUCACAACAUGGGGAAGAAUAUGUCCUUUAGCUAAAGGAAUUGGUUAUUGUGUUAUAAUGACUGCUUUUUACACUGAUUUUUUUUAUAAUGUUAUCAUUGCAUGGGCAUUACAUUUCUUCUUUAGAUCUUUCACACUUAAUCUUCCAUGGGCUUCCUGUAAUAAUACAUAUAAUUCAGAAGCAUGUUAUGAACCUACGUGGUCUAAUGAUAAUUCUGAUGAAUGUUUAAUAAAUAGUAUGUCAAAUUAUUCUGUUAAGAAAAUUUCUGCUGCUGAAGAAUAUUUUUAUAAAAGUUUUUUAGCACUUCAUGAUCCUGGUAGUACAAAUUCACAUGUAACAACUACAUUAGAUAAUUUAGGUCCAAUUAAUUGGCAAAUUGCUAUUUGUCUUUUUUUAGUUUACAUUAUAUGUUAUUUUUCAUUAUGGAAAGGUAUUAAAAUGAGUGGAAAAGUUGUAUGGUUUACAGCAAUAUUUCCAUAUAUUGUUUUAACAAUACUUCUUAUUAGAGGAGUUACACUUCCAGGUGCUGAAAAAGGUAUUCAAUAUUAUUUAAAACCAGAUUUUGAUAAACUUUGGGAGCCAUCUGUUUGGCAGGAUGCCGCAAUUCAAGUUUUCUUUUCACUUGGACCUGGUUUUGGAGUUUUAAUGGCUUAUAGUAGUUAUAAUGAAUUUAAUAAUAAUGUUUACUUUGAUGCACUUUUAACAAGUACAAUAAAUUGUUGUACUAGUUUCUUAUCCGGAUUUGUUAUAUUUUCUGUUCUUGGAUAUAUGUCAUGUAAAAGUGGUAAACCAAUAGAUGAGGUAGCACAAGAAGGUCCUGGUCUUGUUUUUGUUGUUUAUCCAGAAGCAUUAGCAACAAUGCCUGGUGCUUCAGCAUUUUCAAUUAUAUUCUUUCUGAUGCUUCUUACAUUAGGUUUAGAUAGUUCUUUUGGUGGAUCAGAAGCUAUUAUAACAGCAUUAAGUGAUGAAUUUCCUAUAUUAAAAAGUAAACGUGAAUUAUUUGUUGGAUUAUUAUUUACUUUCUAUAUGAUAAUAGGAAUGUUUAUGUGUACUAGUGGUGGAAUAUUAAUUAUGGAAUGGAUAAUAUUUUAUGGAAGUACUUAUGGUCUUCUAGUUUCUGUUCUUCUUGAAACAAUUGUAAUUUCAUUUGUAUAUGGUAUAGAUGAAUUUUGUAAAGAUGUCAAAGAAAUGCUUGGAUUUACACCAGGUUUUUAUUGGAAAUUUUGCUGGAGAAUAGUUGCACCAAUUUUUCUUUUUAUAAUGAUUUCUAGUAGUGUUAUCAAUUACAUGCCCCUACAAUAUCAAGAUUAUGUAUUUUCAUCUUUUUCAAAUUUUCUUGGAAUUCUUUUUGCUCUCUCAUCAAUUUCUGCCAUUCCAAUAACAGCUUUAAUUGUUCUAUAUAAUACUAAAGGCCAAACUUUAUCUGAAAAAUUUAAAAAAGCACUGACUCCAAUGAUAUAUCAUAACAGAAGUGAAAAUGAUCAUCAAUUACUCAGCAAUGACAUUAUGCUUUAA